CAGUCAGUACCAUUUAUCGAGCAUCGAGCUGCUGUUAGCUUCACUAAACUCUUGAUUAGUGACAAAUGCCACUAAAAAGACAACACUUAAUUAGUAGCUACGAACGAAUGGUUUGCUUCAAGCCAGACAGUUAUUUAUUAAACUGAAUGAGAAAUGCUGGAAGUGUUUAUCGAGCUUUGUUUUAGCUGUUAGCAGCUAGCUGCUAGCAGUGUUUACAUCCCUGCUGAAGUUAUUGAAGCUGUUUCCUACUUAUUCAGCAGAAUCAAACUUUCCAUCUGACGAUGGACAAGUUUGUAGUGAAGCUUCCCAAAAGAGAAACGCUUAUAAAACCGAAGAGUGACGAAAAGGUUUACAAACAAGCUACAAUUGAAUCCUUACGGAGGGUGGUUGUGAUUGAGGACGUGAUGCGGUAUAAAUCCAUGCUGGAGCUGGAAGGACAGACUCCAGAAAACCUCCUGACUGCCCUGACUGAGCUGAGUAAGAAGAUCCCGUCUAGAGAGGUGCUCAAGUCCACUAAAAUAGGUCACACCGUCAACAAAAUGCGAAAGCAUCUGGACCCUCAGGUGAGCUCAAUGGCAGCUAAAGUGUACACUGACUGGAGGACAUUCAUCGAGGAGAAUUCCAAUAAGCCGGCUAUUGAAGUGCGCUCAGACAAACAAUCUGAAGGACUCAGGAGCAACGCCAGAAAACUAAUGUCUGAAGCGCUGGAGGUCAAGGAGGAUUCUGGACUCAUAGACAACAUUGAGAGGGAAGUGUUUCAUCAAAGCUCCCGGUUAGUCGGCAGCUCGUACAGACGGACCGUUAGAGCUCUGGUCUUCGCCUUUAAACACAAGCCGGACAUCAGGACGCAGGUUAAAGACAGUUCAAUGACAGUAAACCAGCUGGUUUCCAAAUACAAGAAAUGACUUGGGAUGAAUUAACACAUUUUAUUCUUCUUUUUUUUUGACAAUUUUUCAUUAUUUUCUAGAAAGAAGGUACAAAAAAAAUACUUUUGACACUUUGUGGCACGUCGGUAUCUUCAUACUUAUUUUAACUGUGCAGUCUUUUCGUAACGCGACUGUAUGAUUUUGUUUUUUAUACUGUGGGUGUUCAUUUUUAGAUGAUUGAAAUCAUAACUUCUUCAGAGUCUUUUUUUUUUAUGCUGGAUAUACAUGUAUAAUAUUGUAUAUAUCACUAAAGGAGCACCAGCCAAACAAUAGCUAUCACCAUGAGAAUGACAGCCAGAACACAAAUGCUGAUGAAUACAAUGUCGCUCAAGUCAUGAGGCUCGACUUCGCGCUCCCCGCCGUUGCCUUUAUUGUUUUUGUCAGUCUGCUGGGCCUGCUCCUCCAGACGACGCUCCUCGGCAGAAAUGAUGGACACUGAUGCGAUCUUCCGCAGGGCAUCGCACUGCACCUUGUAUUCUUGCAGAUUCUGCUGCUUCCCAUCAGAGAAAUCAAUGUAGAGUUUGUUUACAAGCAUGGUGACGUUUCUGUGUUGCUGCAAAAAACAAAACAAAAAAGACCCAUCAAUUACAAUUUUACCCGGAGCAAGUUGCAUUCAUUGAGUCAUUACUACACUGUGCAGGUAAAGUAAGACGGUUCAACCUGGUUGGCAGUUCCACAGUGGACAAACUGAGCCAGUAUUUUAUAUGCUGUGGGUGUCAGCUGUGCUGCGCAGGAUGGGUUUCCCAGGUAGAUGCUUUCACGGCUCAGCUGCGGCAGAGACUGCUGGGGUAUCAGGAUGGUGAAUUCUGACCUCGUGCAGCUAAUAUUUACAGGCACCACUUGAAUUCAUGGA